AUGGCCUUCGCGCCUGUUGUGGUGCUUUCAGUCCCUGCCUGCUCACGUUACGUAGUAUUGUGCGCCGCCUUCCUUCUCUUGUCAUCUGAUCUGUGGGCACAUAAGCGAGUCUAUGCGCUGGGAGCGCUGGGACGUCAGCUGCACUCGGUUCGAUUGCCACGAGGCUGGGAGCUUCGUGAGGCGCUGGAGAAGCUCGACAAGGAACUGUACGACAAUGCCCCGGGACCAGAACGGUCGUUCAUGUCCGCGUUGAAGAACCCCUGCUGGGCGUCGCCGUCAGCAGGCGUCCCAGACGGCGACGGCGGCGCUGUCAACUGUCUGCCGUACGCUAUGAUUAUGGGCGGAUUCCAUUGCGGCGCCGCCAGCCUUUGGCAGGCGCUGUACAAGCACCCGCUCGUGGCUAAGUCGCGUGUUAUCCCAUUUGUGUUUCACAUUUUCUAUUUCUCCCGGAGAGCGUUUUUCGGUUUCUCCCAAUCCCGUUUACUGCAGUCUGACGUCAGCCGGUGGCAUUUUUGGGCGGAGUUCGACAAGUCCUUGAGCGGCUAUGUGGCGGGUACGGCAAAGGGGGCGGCACGCAUCGCAGCCUGGCCGCGGCAGGUCGAAUUGGCGGCGAAGGCGGCGACCAGCAGCAGCCCCGUCGCGUUUGUUGGCGAGCCGGGCGGCGCCGCCUGGCUUCGGCGGCAGCAGAAGAUCUUGCUCGAUGGAAGCAGCAGCACCUUUGCUUUCUACUGGAGCCCGAGUAGGUCGCCGCUGGUAUCGUUGGCGCUUGCAGUCCUGCAGGCGCUUCGCCCCUCCCAUCCAUUCAAAAUUACCUUCCAUUCCCCUCUGUGGCCCCUCUGUGCCGCCCAAUCGCCCGGUGCCUUACUUGCUCACCCCUUUACGCCCUCGACCGCAAGCGAGUCAGACGUUCGUGCCCAUCGAGCCUUCAUCAAGUCCAUGGCGCCUUGCUGGGAGGGCUGCCAUAAGACACACAAGGAGGGGGCGGAGAGGGAUGGCUGCCUGGAGGGGUGCUACGCCGCGGCGAGGCAGGCGGACCGGGAGCUCGCCGCCAGCCUGGGGUUGCCGUACAACGAUAUCUCUCUUCCGCUGCUCAUCUCGGCUGUGUACGGCAGGCGGCCGCCCAAGAUGGUGGUGCUGGUGCGCAAUCCGGUGGACAGGCUGUACAGCGCUUACUGGCGGUACGGCCACUACCGCGACAAGUACGGCCCCAGUCCGGAGGGCUUUGAGACGUACGCGCGCGAGCAGCUAACUGGGCUCAAGGCGUGUAUGGGCCGCAAUGGCAGUGAGAGUGAGAUCGGCUGCCUGCUGCACUUCGAGACGUGGGGCCUGAGGGAGGAGAGGCUGUACUUCCAUGCCGACCAGCUCCUUCGUGGCGUGUACUCGGUCUGGCUGGAGAUCUGGCUCAAGUUCUUUGACCGCAAGGACCUGCUGGUGCUGCGCAGUGAGGACUACUUCGCAGACCCCGUGGAGGUGUUCAACCGGGUGGCGGAGUGGCUGGGGCUGGACGUCUCCGCGGUGGACUACCAUGCGCGCAUCGAGCGCGUGGGCAAGGCCACCACUGCGGACGAGGCGGCGGCGGCCAUGCAGGCGCCUGUCGACGACAAGUUGUGGGGGGAAAUUCGGCGCAUCCUGCUGGAGGGAGACAAGGUGGAAGGCUCGCGCUAUGCGAUCAACCGCCAGGGCGCUCUGGCGGCCCAAAGAGAGCUCCAGCAACACUCGGGCCGACGGCGGCAGCGGCGUAGGGGACACGGCGGCGACGAUGGUGGCGUAACAGCAGCUGCUGCAAGUGGUGGGCGCCCCCCUAUGUCGGCCGCCAUCCGGCGCGAGCUGGCAGAGUUUUACGCACCAUACAACCGGCGGCUGGGGCAGCUGCUCGAGGAUCCCAACUUCAUCCGCGGCUGGGAUUGA